AAAAGAAGGAAUUUUUGUGCGACGUUAUGCUAGUUCUCUCUGUUUUUGACCAUUCCUUUUGUUUUUUGUUUUUUUUAUUUUUUUAUUUUUUUGGGUGAAUUCUUUUUUAACUUUUCGUUUGAAUGGCAAGUUGUGCAAACUAAUUUUCUAUCUGUCUCCAUUAUUCUCUUUAUAACCCUUGUCUGAUAAGAUAAAGUGAUAAACCCCAUAAUACAACAGAUUAAAAAAAAAAAAAUCGUACAAUUUUUUUUUAAAUAAUAUGUGAAAAUUAAUUAACCACUCUUUUAUUUUAUUUUAUUUUAUUUUUUGAGAAACACACAAAAGAAACCGAGAGGAUAGGGGGAGAGAAUAUAUAUGAUAUGGAUGUGCUAUUGUAAUUGCAACAAAAUUAGAGAAGUGAGAGGGAGACUUGAGAAAGACUGAAAGAGAGAGAGAGAAAGAGAAAGAAAUGGGAAGAGGAAGAGUGGUGUUGGAGAGAAUAGAGAAUAAGAUCAAUCGGCAAGUGACUUUCUCAAAGAGAAGGAAUGGAUUGCUUAAGAAAGCUUGCGAGCUCUCUGUGUUGUGCGAUGCUGAAGUCGGUCUCAUCAUCUUCUCCAGCCGUGGCAAGCUCUUCGAGUUUGGCAGCACCGACAGUUUGAAGAAAAUUCUUGAGAGGUAUCGCCACUUUUGUUACACUUCAGAAGACUAUCACAAUAUUGUUGAAAACGAAACGCAGAACUUAUACCAAGAAGUGUCAAGAUUAAGGGUUAGACACCAAUCUCUUCAGCUUUCAGAGAGGCAUUUGCAUGGAGAAAAUCUAGAAGAGCUUGGUAUAAAAGAAUUGCAAAAUCUUGAGAAACAGCUUGACCGAACCAUCGUACAAACUAGACAGCGGAAGACCCAAAUGAUGUUAAAACGAUUGGAAGAUCUACGCGAAAAAGAGCGUAAUCUUGAAGAGAUAAAUAAACAGCUAAAGUCUAAGCUUGAAGAAGGAAGACAUGCUUCACCAAUCCAAGGUGGAGGGGAUCCUAACGCAGUAGAUGUUAACAACAGGUUCAUGUCGUAUCCUACACAAAAUCACUGCUUUCAGUCACAACCAUUCUUACAGAUGGGGUAUCACAGUUCUAUCCAUCAAGAAAAAGCAAUUAAUGAAGCAAGGACCAUGGCGGGUGGGAAUAGAUGGAACCAGGACAAUUGGCUUCUUUGAAAAAUGUCCAUCUUUUAGUUAAUAUUCUGGCAUGAGGAGCCACCUGAUUAAGAAAAUGGAGGCGCAUGUUUAGCUUGGAAUUAAUGUAGCCCUAAUUGAGUGUAUGCAUGACUACAGAUACAAACUCUACACUUUCUGAAGUACUUGAGUUAAUAUAAGAAAUAAAUAAGUGAAUAUAUAUCAUAUGAAA